UCCUCCUACAGCUUCACUGAAAUCUCACCUCCUGACACCAUGUGUUGCAACUACUACAGAAACUCCUGUGGGGGCUGUGGAUACAGCUCUGGCUGGGGUUCUGGCUGUGGCUCUGGUUAUGGCUGUGGAUACCGCUCUGGCUGUGGCUAUGGCUGCCGAUAUGGCUCUGGCUAUGGAACAGGCUGUGGCUAUGGCUGUGGAUACGGCUCUGGCUGUGGCUAUGGCUGUGGAUACGGCUCUGGCUGUGGCUAUGGCUGUAGAUACGAGUCUGCAUAUGGAUUAGGCUCUUGCUACGGCUGUAGAUACAGCUCUGGCUUCUGUGGCUACCAACCAUUUUGCUACAGAAGAUGCUAUUCCUCUUGCUGCUAA